CAAGCAGUAACGUUAAGACAGUUGAGGUGAGUGGAUGACCGAGGCUGAACGAUGGCCACAGUCAGGCGUCAUGAAGCCGAGACGAAGAAGAGAAGAACCAGCAGUAGCCCUAGGAACACACCUGAAGAACAAGACAAAGAGCAAGCAAGGCAGGACACCCAUCGGAGCGGUGGUAGCACCACCAGCCGUGGGGGCCUGAGCACAGUCUGCGAGGAGCCCGCCUCCACCACGGAUGAGGACCAACACAGGGACAGCCAACGAGCUAAGUACCUGGCCAGCCUACAUGUACGACCGGUCCCCCUGGCUGCCUCGGUUCACCCACACCACUAUCACCACCAGGCCCUUCACCAUCACCAUCAUCACUCCCCGCCAUACCUCAUUGACCCUACCAACGGAUGGGCGACCCUAGACCCCCGUUAUGUACAUGCCAUGGAUGGACGUCUUAGUUUCCACCCACCCAUUCCUGUAGACGCAAGGACGCAUGAGGGACGCUAUCACUUUGACACACCGAUCCACCACCCGCUGCAUGGGCAUGCAUCGGGCAGCAGUCCUUCUCUCUCCGAUGUCUCGUUGAUUCGGCUGACCCCCCAGAGGGGGUCUACAGACUCCCCCAGCUACCCUCUCUACAUGCAGCACUAUGUGGACCAGUUUAGGGGCAGUCCUGCCAUGUCUGCGCUGUCGCAUGCACGGGGAAUCAGCCCCAGCGGCUCCUAUGGCGAGGGCGCCAUUCCGCCCAGCCAUCCCAGCAGCAUGCCCUACCACAGCCAUCUCAGUCAGCACAGUCUCAUUGCUCCGGAGUUCCUCAGUGGCCCGCCCAGCACAGCCGGGAGUAUCGAACACCCGGCGCUAGAUGUGGGAUCCAUUGAAGGUUCCCGUUUUUCCACCCCGCGUCCCAGCGAUCGCCGCAGCCGCAAGAGGGCGCUGUCCAUCUCCCCUCUCUCCGGCGAGUGCCUGGACAUCAACGCCAUGAUCCGUACCUCGCCCAACUCCCUGGUGGCUUACAUCAACAGCUCCCGCAGCUCUUCCAGUGCCAGCGGGUCCUACGGCCACCUCUCUGCUGGGGCUGUGAGUCCACUGAGCUGGCACCCCUCUGCAACGCCAAUAGCGCACCUGCAGCAGCUCCAGCAGCAGCUGAUGAGACAGAGGUCCGGCAUAGGAAAUCCUUUCAUGCCGUCUGGCAUCCCGCCCCCGUCAGCAGCCGUACAGCAUCAUCCGGCGAUGGCUACCCUGCUUGCCCGCGCCCACCCCCACCCCCACCCAUCGGGUAACGCUAACGAGGAACCCACAAUGCCAGCGAUGACGGUUGACGUGAUCGGCAAACACGGCAUACGGACUGGAGCAGAUAAAAAUUCCACGGACUCAUCCCAGGAGGGACACAGCCCUCAGAAGCUCCUAGAACCCAACAACAACAACCUGGUGACCAGCAGCCUGGAUCCCGCCGACAGAAACCACAGGCAUGACGCCUCUCCAAAUAUAGUCUCCUCCACCUGUCACGUCGACAACAAGAAGGCGUCACCGGGCGGGUACAGGGGAGGGUCGGAGAGGCACGGCAAGGAGGCUGGGGUCGGGGUGGAGGAUGGCACCAAGGGACUGAUAGAGGAGGACAUACCAGUGGUGACGGAUUGCGAGUGGAAUGACUGCCAAGCUCGAUACGACACCCUGGAGCAGCUGGUGCAGCACAUCCUGAAUGAUCACAUCCACAACGAGCGGAAAGAGUUUGUCUGUCGGUGGCGGGGCUGCAUCCGGGAGGAGAAGCCGUUCAAGGCUCAGUACAUGCUGGUGGUCCACAUGAGACGACACACCGGGGAGAAACCCCAUCAGUGCACGUUUGAGGGUUGUAAGAAGGCGUACUCGCGUCUGGAGAACCUCAAGACUCACCUGCGGUCCCACACCGGAGAGAGGCCUUACGUCUGUGAGUUCCAGGGGUGCACCAAGGCUUUCUCCAAUGCAUCCGACAGAGCUAAGCACCAAAACCGAACACAUUCCAAUGCCAAACCCUACGUGUGUAAGAUCCCAGGCUGCACCAAGCGUUACACGGACCCCAGCUCCCUACGCAAGCACGUCAAGACGGUGCACGGUCCCGACGCCCACGUCACCAAGAAGCAGCGCGGGGACAAACACGACCAGACGCCGGGCGGGGCCGGGGAGGGCCAGACUAGGGACCAGCAGCCCGGCUCGGUCAAGUCUGAGAGCGCCGAGAGUGUGGACGGCAGCGUGGUCAGUGUGGGUCGUCGUAAUGACCGACCGCCCAGCCUGCCUCCCUCUGACUUGCACAUUGACGUGGUGCAUGACAGCCCGGCGACUGAAUGCCUGACGCUGCAACACGAGUACAGCUGCUCCCCGCACAACGACAGCGGCGUGGAGAUGACCAUUCGGGGAAGCCUGACGGAUCUGACCGCCAUCGAAGACGAUAAGAUCCAGGAUGACCACAUCAGCUCCAACAUGGGUCCGUCCAGUCACGGACGGCGCGGCGGUGGGGGGCGGACCAGAGGGUCCGCGCUGACCACCCUGCCGUCCCAGACGGUACGGCCCGUCAGUCCGUUGGUCUGUAAGCCGUCACGGCAGAAACUGAAGGUGAACGCGCCGGCAGUGAAUCGAUUGGCACAGAAGGUCAAGACAGCACAGGGGUUACCGCAACUGCCGCAGAUCAAUACAAGAAGAGGGGCUAUCAUCAAUACCUCCAGCGAGUUCAAGCCCAAAGAUCGCAUCAUCGUCAAGCUGCAAGCUGAGGAGAUGGGUCGUUGUGACAGCAGCCAGUCGUUCCUCGGUUCUAUGGAUAACCUCGGCAUGCGACGCGGCAGCAACGGCAGCACCGUCAGCUCCUACUACAGCAGCCGACGGUCCUCUGAGGCUUCGCCAUUCCCUCUCAGCCAAUUCUCAAGCCGACGGUCCAGCGAAGCCAGUACCUACUUGUCCUCUCGGAGGGCGUCGGGCGCCAGCUCGCAGUAUUCAAACAGGCUCGGGGCCACCAGCUCCACCUAUGACCCCAUCUCCCCUGGGUCGUCUCGUCGCUCGAGCGGAGCCAUGAGUGGCAUGAGCGGACCCACAGGCCUCCCCGGGUUAACUCUGCAAGAGCAGCGACGCCUACAGGCUAAGUAUGAUCAGGUGACCGGACAGCACAAUUCCUGGGGCGAGGAGAGGUUUGCUCCCUCCCCGCUACCCGGGUACAACGGGAAUCGACACAGCAGCUUUCCCUGUCGUACCCCGUUACCCCACGAGGUACCCGGUGUGGGGAUCCGGAGGGCUAGCGACCCGGUCCAACAGAGACAGCAGGAACCCGUCUUGUACCGCUUCAACAGCCUGAACAACAUCAACCCGUUGCCCGUACCCCAGAGCAUGACCAGCUUGAAGCAGCAGCACCAGCAGCAGCAGCAGCAGCGAUCGCGCCCCAUGGAAAUGCCGCCGGUGAUUAACAACCAAUGGCAAGAUAUGGCCGGGGAUAACUCCAUGGUUCCGCACGGAGGCACGAUGGAUAUGAUCGACGAAAACCCAACUGGCGACAUGAUGCCCAUGGAGAAGGACAUGUACCAACCGAUGAUGCCACCCACUCAGAACCAAGGCUACAACAACGGGUACCCUGAACCCAAAAUGAUGAACAGUGGUUACGGGGACGGCAACGAAAUGCUGCAGCCAGGAUUAGGGAACGUGAACGGUCAGUAUCAGAGGAACCAAAUGCAGAUGACUGAAGCGCAGUAUAUUCAGCUGCAACAUCAGCGGCAACAGCAGCAACAGCAGCAGCAAGCGUACCAAAACUCACUGCCCAAUUCCAUGGAGAUGUCACCACGAUGUAACCAGGUCAGCAGCACGGUAGACAAUCCCUACGACCAGCAAGCAAUCCCCCAGAUGGAGUGCGACGACCCGAUGGCCACAGGACUGGCCGCCCUGUCCGCCGACGGCUUGGACAAUGUCCAGCCGCUCAUCCCCAACCUGGUCAGCCCCACGGACCUAAUGAACGGCAUUGGCUGCGACAGUCCAAUGGUGCCCAACAUGAACCCUGUCUCCAAUAUGGUCGUCAACGACAUGUCUUCCAUGCUGACGUCGCUGGCCGAGGAGAAUAGGUACUUGAAUAUGAUGAGCUAAGAGUUCCAAGCGUGGAGUGAACCACCACAAAUACCCCCAUCAACGGUGCAAAAGACGGGUGUUCUGAUGUUGCAGGAUACUUGACAACUUUUUUCAGUAUAUCGUGCCAGCAUUGGUCUUGUAUCAGUAUUCAUGCAGAAUCAGUGUGCUGUUUAUGUAUUCAGUAUAACGGCCUCUCGGGCCAAACACAUUUGGCGAUGGCAUUCUAGGCCUCUAUUAACUCUAACCAUACAGCUAGGCUCUAACAGUCCUGGAUCCUGCAGUUGUUAUAACCGCUAGUCAUUAAGGGUUAAAGAGCUCAAGAUUAGUUUUAUUGCUCUGAUCUUUUCCCUGCUUGGACAAUGUGCCCCAGCGCUUGUUUGCAAAAUUAGCGCAGUGCGCGUAUUUUACUUCAGUUCUUAUCUUAUUACCCUAACCCUCCAGGGUAUCUUGGCUAGAAACCCUGCCAAAGACAGCAUUAUGCGACACUUGUCUAAAUGACAAGCCUGCCCAGUGUAGCAAGAUCCAUCAGGUAAAAAGUCUCAAGACCAACUUGCCUCAGAGUUGGUGGUUACGGAAUGUAGCAGGAUACAGCUGUGGCAUUGUUCAAUGGGAUUAGCUCUCAGUGUCUCAGAAGCAGCUGUUUAUGCA